AACAAAGCCCCGGCCGCCCGGGGGUAGGGGAGACGCGCGCCGCCCUAGCAACGCGUGCCGCUCUCGGCCCCGGAUUGGCGGCGGCGUCCGGCGCGGUGUCUCCUGGGAGCGCGCUCCCGCCGCGGCGGCAGCGCCGGUUUGAACUUGGCAGCGCCGGCGGCCGCGGCCUUCGCGGGGGAUUCCGUUCGGCCUCCCCUCCCCCGGCCCGACCCCGGCCAUGGAGACUGAGGAGGGCGCGCAGCCGUCACCGCGCAGGCGGGAAGAGGCCCCUGGAGGCGCCGGCUCGGAGCCCGCUGCGCGGCCCGCCUCGAGCCCGGCGGCCGCCUCGCUGCCGUCCCUGCCGCGCAGCCCGCCGAGGAACUGCGACGAGGCCGAGGAACUGCGGCGGCGCCGGAGGCGGCACCCGCCGGAGCCCGCCCCCCGGGACCGGGCCGGGGCCGACCGCGAAGCGCUGCCCGAACCCGCCCCCCGGGACCGGGCCGGGGCCCGCGCCGAAGCGCUGCCCGAGCUUGGGAGUCCGCCGCCCCUGGCCAGCCGGGUGGAGCAGGAAACGCCGCUGCUGCACGGGGAGGCCGAGAACGGGGAGGCCGACCGCGGGGAGAGGGCCGCGUCCCCGGAAGGCGGGGAGCCCUCGGGGCGCGCCAGAAUUAAAGAGAGAGAAACUUCAGAAAAAGAUCAGUGUCUUGUAUUAGAGACAAGUCUGACACCUUGGGAAGAAUGGUUUGUUUGCAAAGAAAAAGAACAACGUGUUCGUCUGCAAAACAGAGCCUUAGAGGAACUACAUUUACUACAAGAAAAAAAAAGAGAAGAGGAAGAGCGAGAAAAAAGAAAAAAAAAUGCUGAGGAAAAACACAAGGAAUGGCUUCAAAAAAAGAAUGAACAGGAAAGAAAAGAAAGGAUACGGAAGCUAAUUAAAGAAAUGGAAGAAAAAGCAGCAAAGGACCUAGAGAAAGAACAUUUGCAAGAAAAAGCCAAAGAAAAGUAUAAAGAAUGGUUAAGGAAAAAAAUAGCUGAAGAACAAGAGAAAAAAAAAAAAGAAAAGGAAAAAGAAAAGCAGCGGCUUGCUGAACAGCAAGAAAAAAAAGAAAUCUCUGAAAAGAAGUUCAAGGAAUGGCUGGAAAAUUUGAAAAACAAACCUCGUGUUAUUCCAAGGAGCUAUGUUUAUGCCAAUGGGAAACUGACAGGUUACUACAGUGGAAUUGCCUACCCACCUCCAAGCUUUUAUAAUCCAAUCCCAUGGAAGCCUAUUUACAUUCCCCCACCUAAGGAACCAAAGACUGCUAAUACUGUGAAGAAGACGAAGAAGAGCAAAAGAACUCUAUCCAUUCCGCCUUACAGGUCCUCAUCUUUGGUUCUUCAUAAAAACAAGGGCAAUCUUUGCCUUGGAACUCUGUGCAGAAUACAAAGAUAGUAUAUGUACCGAAUAGCUUAAAACCGCUUUUAAAAAACUAGAGCUAUUUUUGUAACCCAGUAUUAGCUCAGUAUUUUGUGUGAUGAUUUACCAGUUACCAUUUUUAUAUUUGUUGGUAGGAACCUUCAAAUUAAUUAAGGGAGAUAUUUGCACAUUUUUAAAAAUUUUUAUUAAUGUGUCAAGGGUGUAUGUAAAAUUAGCAUCUAUGCGAUUAAGAAAUGUUUGUAUUUAACUUGUCUGUAACAAUUUUGUAACACCAAUAAAAUCAAAGAUUGUUCUUGUGUUCUUC